GUCAUCCUUUGCUUUCUUCUUCCUGGAAAAAAGAAGAAGAAGAAGAAGACAGGAAGUGUUCCUGUUCCUGUUGCUGUUGACGAGCACGGGCGUGAGAUAACGGAGUGCGGAGAUUUCGAGGUAUUGCUCCCGGUAUUGGCUUUCCUCCCUUUAAGGCCCCUUUUCACUGAACUAUAAGAUUGCUGUUUCCUCGUCAGGAUAUCUGUAACGAUGGAAAUGGAUAUAAGUGGAGUAUCCAGGACACGUGUCUCCAUUCUUCCUACAACUGACAUCAAAGCCACAUUGAAACCAGAAGCAGAGAGACCUCGCUGUGCCAGCACCCCAUGUUCACCAAUCAGAGGUACUGUUGCAGGAUACCAGAUUCUCCACAUGGACUCAAACUAUUUGGUGGGCUUCACCACUGGUGAGGAGCUGCUCAAACUGGCCCACAAGUGGUCAGAAGGUAAUCCUGAGAAGGCCCGUGUAUCAGAUGCAGUGUCCAGCUCCAUCAAGAGCACUGUCCCUAAGUCUGUGGACCUGGGCAUCCACCGGUCUUCACGUAUUUUCAAAGCCAAAGGCCGGUACUACCAACCAUACGACAUUCCUGCUACUAAUGGACGAAGACGAAGGCGUAUGCCCAGUUCGAGCGACACCUUCCUCAGAUCUCUGGCCCACGGCGAGUCUGGGAGGGCUCUGCAUGCUCCACUACCACUCUGUUUGCUUAAAAGUAAAGGUGCCCAGUCCAAGUCUCUUGACUACCUUAAUCUGGACAAAAUAAGUAUCAAAGAGUCAUCAGACACUGAAGUGCUACAGUACCAACUGCAGCACCUCAACCUACGAGGGGAGCGUGUGUUUACCAGAAACAAGACAUGAAAGCACAGUGAAACUUUUUUAGAUGUGUUUCAUCCUCUGGGGUAUUUAGGUGCUAUUUCUAGACUUGUUUCUUUCUACUAUGAUUAUAAACAGUUCUUUAAGGAGACAGUCUGAUGAUAAUCUUGUUCUAUUAUUAGUUGGGAGGUUUACCUUGUUCUGUAUGCUUAGCAUUAUGAGGUUUUUGAGGUUAAAAAAUUGAAUUAUAUAAAUUUAGCAAUAACUGAUGGACCUAUUUAUUGACAAUUUUUAUUGGCAUUGUUGUGUGUUUGUAAUGGUUGGAUACACACUAUUAUACCAGCUUAUAGCUGAGAAAGCACAUAUCACAUACAGUAUCAGCUUUAAAAUGCACCGUUGACAUCAGUACAAUAGUUUUACUGUGACUGUUCUUGUUUGUUUGACAUUAAGGAACUGCAUUUGGAGUUGUCAAAUUAACAAUAUAACGUUAUUGUAUGUUGCACAUUUAUUUGCGUAUUUAUUUAUUGAUGUAGUACUGUUGGUUUAGAUGUCAAUAUGAUUUCCACGCUCUAAUUUACAGUAAUGUAAGUAAAUCAAUUAAAAACAAAAAAAACA